AUGGCAAAGGGCGGGUUCAUCCUCAAGUGGCUCGUGGUAGCCAUCUUCGGAAGGACCCUUUACACGGCUUUCGUCAGCCCCCGGCCGCAAGUCAGCACACCCCGCGAGGUGGGCCGGGCGGCAGAGAAUGAAGGCCGGAACACCUUCAAGACCCCAUUGUCCACUGAUGACCGUCAACUGCUACAAGAUUGGAUGGCUCCACCGGACCAGUUGAUGGAGUUGUCUGAGGAUGGCAUGAUUUUGCGGGAGAAGUACCCAGGUGGACGAUCUGCCACCUCUGUGUUCUGGGCCAUUGUACAGCCCGCCGUGUCGUUGGGCUUCUUGGUAGUUGGUGUCUCCGCAUACUUUGGAGAGCCGAUCGUGGAUUGGACUCCGAUCACCUCAGAGUACUUGGGCUUCCUUCGACCUUCAGAGGGGAUCAACUUCCUCCCUCAGGGCGCCUUCAUGUCCUUCUACGGUUUCUUCGGCUUCUUCAUCUUCGGCCCGAUCCAGUGGUACAUCAACAUCUUCAAUGUGGGCCAGGGCGUCUGCGAGUUCAACAAGAACGAUGGCAUGAUGUACAUGGUGAGGAACGGCGACAUGAUUCGUGAGAUUCCCCUUACUGACUUCCAGGCGGUCAAGUUCGAGUGGACGAACCUGGCCAUUACUGGAAGCCGAGACCUCUACUUGGUCACACAGGAGGGUCAGGAGAUCCACUUCAUGGACGACCCCGAGGUCUACAGCAAGUACGUGCUCGAGAAGCGCGCGUCGAAGUUGUCGGAGUUCCUGGGCGUCGAGCUGCUGGUGGACGACUAA